AUGGCACACGGACACCCCAAAGUCGUCCUGUUCGACCUGCUGACCGCGCUUCUCGACAGCUGGACGCUAUGGAACCAGGCCGCUGGUAGUGAAGAAGCCGGCCGACGAUGGCGCGCCAAAUACCUGCAGCUGACCUACCAAUGCGGAACGUACCAACCGUAUGAGGAUCUGGUGCAACAGGCGUCCGACGCAGUCGGCCUGCCUCGCAGCGCACCCGAAACGCUGCUUGCACGAUGGGACGAGUUGAAGCCAUGGCCCGAAGCGCCCGGCGUGCUGCGAAAACUGCAAUCUCAAGCCGUCAAGAUCGGGGUGGUCACCAAUUGCUCAACCGAACUGGGACGCCGGGCGGCGGCGACUUGUGGCGUGACCUUUGACGUCGUGGUGACCGCGGAGGAGAUUGGAUUCUACAAGCCUCGGAUCGAGACAUAUACUGCGGCAUUGAGGGUUUUGGGUGUCGAGGCAGGCGACGUCCUCUUUGUGGCGGGGAGCAGUGCUGAUGUGCCGGGCGCUUCGGCGGCUGGAAUGCAGGUCGUCUGGCACAAUCGGGUUCAACUGGCGCCUCUGCCGGGCACGACCUCGCCGUUGCGUGAGGGCCGGACGCUCGAAGAGGCACUACAGGACUUUAUCUGA